AUGUCGAUGGCGUUGGCGGUGCUUUUGGAUCGGAUCGGAUCGGAUCAGAAGAAAGCGAAAUGCUGCAGAUCGGAACGAGGAGGAUCGUUAAUCGUAGACGACGACAUCGACGAGUUUGGCUAUGGUGCUGGUGGUGGUGGUGGCGUCAUCAACAACAGCAUCGACGUCAGUGGCGGUCGCGGUAGUAGAAUGGCGGGUGAAGAUGGUAUCGGCGUCAUCAUCAACAACGGUGUCGGCAUGAGUGGCAGCGAAGGUGGUGACGGCCUACGAUCGACUUCUUCAUUGACAUGGUCAGUAGUGAGUGGUAGCUCGUCAUCGACAUCACCAAUCGACGUCGUCGAAGAGGAUGGAUGGUUCGGAUCGGAUCGGAUCGGAUCGAAUCGAAUAAAUUGUGUGGAGAUGUCACCCUUUCGUAUUCAUGACAGUGAUCACGUGGCCAAUGAUGAUUCGUGA